GCUCGGUAGGUGCCAACCAGGCCCGAACGAGCCGAGCGGGCGAGGACAGGCACCGAGGGGGCGCGGCCGCGGCCGGACGACACCGCGAGCGACACUCAGGAGCAGCCCAGGGCCGGACAGCCAGCGCCUUGGCAAUGGAGCGCCUUGUCGCCCGCCGCACCUUUCCCCUGUUCGCGCGCACCAGCGCCUGCCGCAGCCUCUUCGGGCCGGUGGACCACGAGGAGCUGAGCCGGGAGCUGCAGAUCCGCCUGGCCGAGCUGAGUGCCGAGGACCAGCGCCGCUGGGACUACAACUUCCAGCAGGACGUGCCACUGCGCGGCCCCGGACGUCUGCAGUGGACCGAGGUGGACAGCGACUCCGUGCCCGCCUUCUACCGCGAGACGGUGCAGGUGGGGCGCUGCCGCCUGCUCCUGGCGCCCCGGCCCCGCCCGGAGGGCGCAGGCGAUAGCCCGCCCCCCGCGCCGCCGGCCGAGGAGCCCCUCGACGGCCUCGGGGAGGCGCCGGCGCCGCCGUCCGGCGGCCCGGUGGUGGCUCCCGCCCCGGCCCCAGCCGUGGCGCCGCAGGAGAGCGAUGAGCAGGAGGCGGUCCCGCCGCCGCGCAGCCAGGAGCCCCUGGCCGAGCCGCUGCACUCAGGGAUUUCAGGGCGCCCCGCGCCGGGCACUGCCGCUGCCGCCGGUGGCGCCGCCGCCGCCGCCGCCGCCGGCGGGGCUGUUGCCACCACCGCUGCCGCGGGAGGCGCCGCGAUCAAGAAGCUGCCCGGGCCUCUCAUCUCCGAUUUCUUCGCCAAGCGCAAGAGACCCGCGCCCGAGGCCAAGGCGUCGAACGAGGUUCCCGCGGGAUGCGCCGCCCCUGGCGCCGCUCCAGCCGUCGGCUCGGCGGAGCAGACCCCGCGCAAACGGCUGCGAUGAGCGUCGCGCGUACAGAGCCCUGAGAGAGCCCGCGGGGCGGCGGACAGGACAGGAGCGCGGGGCCUCGGCUGGGACCGUCCAUGUAGCAGCA